AUGCAGGAAUAUCAUCUCGACACCUCCCUUCUUUCGCACGCCUCCACCAAGACGGUCGUCAUCACUGGUGGUGCCAAUGGCAUCGGCGCUGCAACAGCCACACUGUUCAACGCCCAUGGUGCAAAUGUCGUGAUAUCAGACCUCGAAGAGUACCGCGGGCGAGCCGAAUCACUCAUUCAAACAUUCGCGUAUUCCAAUCGUGCAGCCUUCCUUGCAGCCGAUAUCCUCGAUUGGCAACAAAUGACUGCUCUGUUUCACCAAGCAGCGCAACGCUUCGGACACAUCGAUAUUGUGAUUGCCAAUGCAGGGACGAUGGAGUCGAAGCCAGUCUUGGACAUGAACGACGUAGACGAGGAUGGAAACCUGCGAGAAUCAACGGAGGGCUUCAAAGUAAUUGAUGUCAACCUAAAGGGAACACUAAACAGGUCUAUCGUGCUACUGGCAUCCACAUCCGGCUAUUUCGGGGGUACUGGAGUCACUGCCUACGUGGCUUCGAAGCACGGAAUAGUGGGACUACUACGAGCUUCCCAAGACACCGCGCGUCAAUAUGGCAUACGUUUGAAUGGCAUUGCUCCUUUCUUCACCCCGACGCAGAUCACCGCAGGAUUUGCACAGAAGUGGCAAGAUGCUGGCCUGGAAGCCAAUACUGUGCAGGGGGUGGCGGAGGCGAUCGCGCAUGUUUCGAUGGACGGAGAGAAGAAUGGAUCUUGUAUUCUUGUCGCGGGAAAAUAUCUACGAGAGCUGGAGGGUACGAGAACUGAGCUUAUCCCCGUGUGGCUGGGGCAGGACGUAGCGGAGUUCAUGGGGCGAGCGAUGCAGUUCAUGAGGGAAAUCGGAGGAUACGUAUUGCCGCGAUGGCGGAGCUGA